AAUGUAUUUGGGUUAACGGAGCAUAUAAGUUGUUUUCAAGUAUUACGUGUCCAAUUUUUUGUUGAUCAAGAUGGGCGAUGUAUUUUACGUUAUUUAUUCUUUUAUUGGAUUUAUAUGCUCAGUUAUACCUUCUAUUUGGCACUGGAAAUAUCGUAAUGUAGCACCACUAUGUCUUAUUUUUUGGAUCUCUGCUUGCAGCUUAAUAUGUUUUAUAAACUCUAUCGUCUGGUUUAAUGGAGUUGAAGCAAAAUCUCCGGGUUAUAUAUACUGCGAUAUUGCUACAAAAAUUAUACUUGGGUCUACCUCAGGAGAAUUAGGUGCUAUUGCAGCUAUUUCACAUUAUCUUUCAAAAAUCAUGAGCCCUGUACAUUCUUCUGUACAAACUAAAACAAUCCGCAGAAGACAGGCUAUAGAAGAUCUUCUUAUGAGUUUUACAUGCCCAAUCAUCAUGAUAUGUUUAUAUUAUGUUAUUCAAUCUGCAAGGUAUGUAAUAAAUGGUGUCAAUGGGUGUGUACCAUGGUCCGAUCAAUCAUGGCCAACAGUAAUCAUCGUUUUAAUCUGGCCCCCUAUUUUUGGUUCAAUCAGUGCUUAUUAUUCAGGUACACCAUUUGCACAGUUUAUAAUAAAUGUAUUUAUCAUUUUAUUAGCUAAAGUAAUAUACCUAUAUUUCAAAAAACAAAAAGAAUUUCAAAAUGUUUUAAGAGAUUCUAAAACAUCUAUGACACUUUCUAGAUUUGUACGUCUUAUAGGCAUAUGCUCCCUUUUAGUCACUGUUUAUUUACCAUUAAAUAUUUACAUGUUAUAUACGAAUAUAUUUCUAAUUAUUCAAAGCAAAAUAAACUAUUCAUGGGACCAUGUUCAUCAAUGGGGUCAUGGUAUUGCUUAUUUGAAAAAUGAUAAAAUAUCUUUUAAUCUAUGGCUUAUACCGUCAAAUAGUAUUGUUGUUUUCAUUUUUUUUGGUAUGGGAAGUGAUGCCAUUGUCAUGUAUAAAGAAGUGGCAAGAAAACUGUAUAUAAUUAAAUUUUUUGAUUUCUUUAAAAGAAUGUUCAAAAGAAAGACUCAGGAUGUCAGUAACAAAGACUAUUAUAACAGCUAUAAUUUCGAAAAAUCAUUAGACAGAUGUCCACCAUUGUUUUAUAACCAAGUACGCGAUGCACAGAUUAUAGAAAACAACUCUUUUAGCGACCAUCCUGCAAUCCCUCCAAUAUACAUGGAACACAGCAAACCAUACACCUUUACAGAUGUACCUAUUUAUUCCCAUAGCAAAAACACCUAUUCCAUGCCCUUUGAAAAAUACCAAUAUGAAUUUAGAAAUGAUAAAAUAUAA